AUGCUUUUGGGCUCGGAGCGGCUGCAAGGCUGGGAGCGGCUGCUCUCUGGCACUGCCGGGGCGCCCAGUGGGAUGGAGAGAGCGCUUACUCCGAAGCGUGUGCACCUUGGAGCCCGGCGGGCCGCAGGCUGUGGCCCUAGGAGACGCAGGCAGCUUGUGACCCAGGCUCCGCCGAAAGGACCUCCUUGGGACUUUCACUUCCAGGCUGAAGUCUCUCGUGUGGAUGCAGCACCCACCCCAGCGUGCCGUGGCCGCAGACAGAGCGCCGAGGCGGGGACGCAGCAGCCGGCCGGGGGACAGAGCCCUCCCAUAAGCACCGGCGGCGCGCGGGGACUCCAGCGGCCACUCUGCACGCGGGACGCCUGUGCUGCCUCCGCCAUGGACGCGGACAACGAGUCCUGCUGCCUCAUCGAGGGGGACCCCAUCUCCAAGGUGAUGCCGCCGCUGCUCAUCCUGGCUUUCGUGCUCGGCGCCCUGGGCAACGGCCUCGCCCUGUGCGGCUUCUGCUUCCACAUGAGCGCCUGGAAGCCCAGCACCGUCUACCUUUUCAACCUGGCCGUGGCCGACUUCCUCCUCAUGGUCUGCCUGCCCUUCCGCACCGACUACUACCGCCGCCACAGACACUGGGGCUUCGCGGACGUGCCCUGCCGGCUGGUGCUCUUCAUGCUGGCCAUGAACCGGGCCGGGAGCAUCGUGUUCCUGACGGUGGCGGCCGUGGACAGGUACUUCAAGGUGGUCCACCCGCACCACGCGCUCAACGCCAUCUCCAACCGCACGGCGGCCGGCGCCGUCUGCGUCCUCUGGACCUUGGUCAUCCUGGGGACCCUGUACCUCCUGGUGGAAAGCCACCUGUGCACGCAGGACAAGGCCAUCUCCUGCGAGAGCUUCAUCAUGGAGGCGGCCAACGGCUGGCACGACGUCAUGUUCCAGCUGGAGUUCUUCCUGCCCCUGACCGUCAUCCUCUUCUGCUCCGUCAGGGUCGUGUGCAGCCUGAAGCGGCGGGAGCGGCUGGCCCGGCAGGCGCGGACGAGGAAGGCGAUCCGCUUCAUCGUGGUGGUGGCCGCCGUGUUUGUCACCUGCUACCUGCCCAGCGCUCUGGCCCGGCUCUACUUCCUGUGGACCGUGUCCUCCAGUGCGUGCGACCCGGCCGUGCACAUGGCCCUGCACGUCACCCUCAGCUUCACCUACCUGAACAGCGUGCUGGACCCCCUCAUAUACUACUUCGCGAGCCCCUCAUUCCCCAAGUUCUACGCCAAGCUCCGAAUGUGCAGCUGGAGACCCCGCUGGCCAGGGUGCCCAAAGCCCCGCGGGCCGGAAGAGCUGCCCGCUCUGCGUCUGUGUCCCAAGAGCUGCAUCGGCGCGGCCAAUAGUUUCCAAAGCCGACUGGACACCCAGUGGGACUUGCAGGUGUGUUGAGUGACCCUAACCCGGGCAGCCGGCGGCGUCAGGCGGGACGGACGGCAGCUGGGGCGCGAACCCAUGCCCGUGCACGGGCCCUUGGAAAGGCACCGCCGUCCUCCUGCCUCUGUCGGAACUGAGAGCCACGUCCCCCUACCCUUUUGGAAGGCUGCAGGAGAGCGAUGUGAGUUCGCUGCGUUUCUGUGCUCUGACUGCAGGGACAGGGACAGCAGGGAGCGGGGGCUGCGUGUGCUGGGCUGGGGGUGGCUCGGCUCGCGUCACUUUAGGCUGCUGAGGAAACUUGCUCCCUCGGUGAGUUAAUGAGCCCAGCGCUCAGCCUUCCUCCUCCUCUGGCUCAGCUCUUACUCACCUCGGGAAGCAGGAGCGGGACUGGGUGCCGGCUUUGCGUUCCGGCUGAGCGGAGCGCUCCUUAGGCUGCGCUGUCUCUGCCGGCUGUCACCGGCUUCUCCGACGCCCCUCUGUUCCUUUGCUCAUUUCACUGCCAAAGUUUGGACUCCCAAGGAGCCCGGGAGCCGCAGAGAAACGAUCUUGCUUGACCUGGGAGCACCCACGUUUAUCUGCAGACCUCUGCAUUUCAAAGAAAGUGCUGAAGGGUAUGUUUGCCUCCCCUGCUUUCUCCAGGGCAGCAGAGAGCUUGGGAAAAAAAAAAAAAAAAAGAACCCCUGAGGCUUUUGAGAUAGGCUAGCUCCACGCUAAUUGCUUUUGGGUGCUUGUUCCGUGAGCGUGGACGGGAAUCAUUCCUUUUCCAAGCACUGACUGACUUCCUCCACAGCUUCGGGCCCGGUCCUUUCUGCCCGCAGGAUGCUUGGUCAGCUUUGUGUGACAGCAAAAUUUGGGGGGUGGCAGACGUAUUAAAAGCCUUCGUCUUUUCGCUGAAUAGUCUCUAGACCUGUUGUGUGCAAACUGCAGGGUUUCCCUGUCAUCGCGGGACCCCUUCCGCAAGCGUAUUUCCCAGACUGCUCCGGAACUCUCAGAACCAGACGGGGCUCCCCCGCCCCGAAGUAAGGGGAAAGGUCCGGGCUGCGCCUGGCUCCGUCCGCCAGCGCGAGGCGGUGAAAGCCGCACUCCAACCCUUACUGCCUGCUCCAGCCCCGGUACUCUCUGCACACACCCACCUCGCCACGCUUUCUUUAGUCUCCAACACCCGCUAGCCUGCCUCUGUCGUUACCUUUUCCGCGCACAGUCCACGAGGAAAAGCGCGGCCCGCGGAAGUGAAGGUCCUCCGAGUCCGAACCCCAGCUCGGCCACUUACUGUGUGUGUGAUCUUGGGGCGGAUUUGAUUGAGCCACUUUCAGUUUCAGUUUCCUCAUGUCGGACAGGGGUACCGGUAUGACCUCACACAUUCUGUGAAUGCAGGGUCCUGAAGCUUGAAGGGCUUUGUUUACCAUUACGUCCCUGGUGCCUAGAAAAACACCUGCAUAGAGUAAGUGCUCAUUAAAGACGUGUUGAAGGAAUGCAGGAAGAGCGCAUGUAAAACCGGAAGCUCUGUGUCUGCAAGUGGUCGAUAUGACUUAUUACAGUAAUAUAUUUCACACAUUAAGAAACUGAGGCACAAGGCGGAUGCCUGUCAGUGCCACGGCUCUGUAAUCCCAGCACUCAGGAGGCUGAGGCAGGAGGAUAACAGAGUUCCAGGCCAGCCUGGGCUACAUAGU